UGAUGUCGUAUUACCAACAUGAUAUCUGCAAAUUAUAUUGUCUUCCACAGUCUGGUGAAAGAAUACAUAUACCGGAAGUGAAAACGUUACUUCCUGGAUAAACACUGAAAUACAGAAAUGAAGUUUUUUUGUUUUAUUUGUGGUUUUCUAUUACUGACAUUAGUUGAUUCCGCUACUAACGUUUCAACAACACCAGCACACACAGUAGAGGCACCAACAACCCUUCAUCCUGUCACAACUUUAACACCAGAACAAGAAUGUGCUGCCAGAAACAGUAGCUGUGAAGAAUGCUUGAAGCUUGCCAAGUGUCUGUACUGUAAAUCUAGUGGGCAAUGUACUCCAUACCCUGUUGGAAAGGUGCUGCCACCUAGCAGUGUGUGCCAACUAGAUCAUGCUAGAUGGGGAGUCUGUUGGUUAAACUUUGAGGCCCUGAUCAUAUCUAUGGGAGUAAUAGGAGGACUGAUUAUAGUGGUGGUCACAGUGUGUAUCUGUUGCUGUUGUUGCUGUAAAGACAACAAGAAAAAGUAUGCUAAAGAAGAUGAAAAAUGGGAGAGAAAGAAGGCUGACAGGAAAGAAAAAGCUAAUGAGAAGAAAGCUGAGAGAAGAGCUAAAACAGAUGAGAUAAGGAGGAAAUAUGGUCUUGUGAAAGAAGACAAUCCAUAUGAAAGGUUUGAAAAUGCCUAAAGAAUACCACCAAAGGUCGAGACUGUGUCCUGGGGAGUUCAAUCUUAUUACUGUAAGAUGACUGUGAUUAUUGAAAGAUGUUUUGAAAAUGAAAAAGAAAUUUAUGUAGAUCACCUAUCUGUUUGAAAUGAAAAUGAAACAUUUGGGACAAAGAGUGUUGAAAGUAAUAUCGCGUUUAAUGUUAAAUGAAGAAUGUAAAAUGUUUGUAUGAAUUAUGUUUUUUUUUCAUUUCCAGUGUAAAUAUUUUCUUUUGUAUAUGAAGCUUAAACUUAAACCAAGACAAGCAGUAAUAGUUAGGCCUAUUAACCACACAUAUGAAAACAAUUUGUUAAUGAUACAUCUGCUUAAAGUUGGAACAGUAGUCCUUGUAGCUCUGCUAUGUAUGUAUUUUGUCAUUUGAUUGAUUAAGUAACAAAAAACUAACUUACAUUCAAGCUUUAAUGACUAAGAUAGAAUAUGUUUUAAAAAAAAAAGUCCAAUAUUCAGACUUAUGCAUAAAUACAAAUAACAUGAAUAUUUAAACAUUAUAAAACCUUUGAACAUUCCUACUAAAAUUUUGGAUAGUUCACUUAAAUGUUAAUUUACAAAGGUUGUGAACUGCAAUGUUGAUUUGUUUUUCACUGUUACUUUAUAUGAGUAAAUAUUUGUGUCUAGGAAAGAUAAAACAAUUUCUUGGUGGAUAGUAUAGAAACAAAAUUAUAUAAUUGAACUUUCUCCUUUUAAGAAAGAUGAACUAUAUUGUAGUAAAAUAUGUGAAUGAGCCCACCGUCCUCUGACCUUGCCAAUUUAAGAAGGUUUAUCACAUAGUGAAUAUUUUAUAUUAGUUUUUACACCAGGUUCAAAGGUCUUCCAAAAAUCAUAAAGUUUAUUUUUCUAAACAUUUGAUAUGCAUGUACUUUAAAGAAAGGAAAGAAAAGAACAAAAGUUAUAUUCUUAAGAUUUGAUUAAUAAUUUUGGACAAAAACUUGUAUUAAUUAAGUGUAAUGUAAGCUUGUAUAAUAGAAAUGUAAUGUAUGAUGUAAUAUUUUUAUUAGUUUUAAAACACCGGUUAUAUUGUAUUGUUUCUGUAAUACAUUCAAUGGGCAAUGUUAUUGUCCACUUUAGUCAGAUUUUUAUAAUUAUUUAUUUGAUUUUCUUUGCAUUUAACCAGUUUUGACAGAUUUUUUAUAAAUUACAAAUUAAUUUAACAUAUGAUUUCCCAUGAUUCUUUUGGAAUAUUGUACUCCCAGAGUUUUUCACUAAAUGGUUAUAGAUUCUACUACUUGACCUUAUUUAUGAUAUUAGUCCAUUCUCAAUGGUUUACUAUUCUACAUGCUUGUUAGGCCACACAAUUCAUAUUAUGAGGUUAACUACAAGUAUUUUCAAUGGAUGAAAAACAUCAGUAGAAUUAUCCUGGACAUGGUGGUAAAAUCCAUCCAUAUUGGCACAAGUUUUAAUUUAAUAUAUUAUUCAGUUUUGGUUUAUAUCAUCUAGAAAUGUAAUUCUAAGGUAACAAAAAAAAAAGUCCCAUUGAGACACAUGUAAACAAGUUAACAGGAUCAGCUAAUGAAACUUGUGUAAAAUCACCAUCAAAAUAGACCUUAACAGAUUUUAUACUAGCUGUCUUUUUUAAUAUUACAAUGUAUAAGGAACACAAUUUUCAGCUUAUAGGAUUUUUUGUUUUGUUAUGAAAGUGUUUUUGUGAUAAUGCUGUGCAAUCAUUGUAAAUAGUGU